GGGAUCUACAAGUAUCUUGAGACGUGUUUUUCAGACUUUAAGCAGAGAGGCUUUGUUGUUGGAUAUGACACACGAGGUCAGGUGACCAGCAACUGCAGCAGUAAGAAACUUGCAAAGCUCACUGCAGCUGUCCUGCUGGCUAAAGAUGUACCUGUAUACUUCUUUUCCACGUAUGUCCCUACACCGUUCGUGCCCUAUGCUGUUCAGCAGCUCAAAGCUGUGGCUGGUGUGAUGAUCACAGCAUCCCACAACCGGAAGGAGGACAAUGGAUACAAGGUUUAUUGGGAAAAUGGAGCACAGAUCACCUCUCCUCACGAUAAGGAAAUUAUAAAAUGUAUAGAAGAGUGCGUUGAACCAUGGAAUGGCUCUUGGAAUGAGAAUCUGGUAGACACCAGUCCCCUUAGACAGGAUCCUCUGAAGAAAAUUUGUGACUGUUACAUGGAAGAUCUGAAAAAGAUCUGUUAUCAUAGGGAACUAAAUGUGCAAACAAAUCUGAAGUUUGUUCAUACCUCGUUUCAUGGAGUUGGACAUGACUACGUGCAGUUGGCUUUCAAAGCAUUUGGCUUUCAGCCCCCCAUUCCAGUUCCUGAACAAAAAGAUCCAGAUCCUGACUUCUCUACUGUCAAAUGCCCAAAUCCUGAAGAAGGAGAAUCUGUGCUGGAGUUGUCACUGAGGCUUGCAGAGAAAGAAAAUGCUAAAGUAGUAGUGGCCACUGAUCCAGAUGCAGACAGACUAGCCGUGGCAGAACAGCAGGAGAAUGGCUGCUGGAAGGUGUUCACUGGCAACGAGCUAGCAGCUUUGUUUGGGUGGUGGAUGUUUUCUUGCUGGAAGGAAAACUGCUCCGAAGAUGCUGAUGUGAAGAAUGUUUACAUGUUAGCGACCACAGUCUCCUCGAAAAUUUUGAGGGCAAUUGCACUUAAAGAGGGAUUUCACUUUGAAGAAACACUCCCUGGUUUUAAAUGGAUUGGAAGUAGAGUAAAAGAUCUCCUAGAUAAUGGAAAAGAAGUUCUCUUUGCAUUUGAAGAAUCUAUUGGCUUCAUGUGUGGCACAUCGGUGUUGGAUAAAGAUGGCGUAAGUGCAGCUGUGGUCAUAGCUGAAAUGGCAACCUAUUUGGAGGGCAAGAACCUAACACUAGCACAGAAACUCAUUGAGAUAUAUGAAACGUAUGGAUAUCACAUAUCAAAGACUUCCUAUUUCUUGUGCUAUGAUCCUCCUACUAUCAAAAGGAUAUUCGAGAAGCUUCGGAACUUCGAUGCACCUCAGUCUUAUCCAAAAUUUUGUGGCAUUUACAAUAUAUUACAUGUACGAGAUAUUACCACUGGCUAUGAUAGCAGCCAGCCGAAUAAGAAAUCGGUGCUGCCAGUGAGUAAAAGCAGUCAGAUGAUCACUUUUACAUUUCAAAAUGGUUGUGUUGCCACCCUUCGGACAAGUGGGACAGAACCAAAGAUCAAGUACUACGCAGAGAUGUGCGCGCUGCCCGAACAGAG